ACUGUUUUUUUUUCCAGGCUGGCAGUUGAAUUCUGCCUGGAUCAAGGUUAUGAAUUUGGAGAGGAACUUUACAAGAUCCAGUGUGUGUUACAGGAUGUUGGAUCCAACGUAGCUACUCCCAUUUCUUCUGCACGAGAGAGCCAUCUUAAGAGAACAGCAUUUAGUGAAAAGCCAGUGAUUGAACUGGAGAACUGGAUUGAUCGAUAUACAAAGCAGCUCCCACCUCUCUCGAAUUUCAUCUUGCCAUCAGGAGGAAAAUGCAGUGCAAGCUUGCACCUGGCACGAGCAAUUUGUCGUAGGGCAGAGAGGGGCAUUUUCCGCAUUGUACAAGCUGGAGAAGCUGACCAGAAUGCUGCAAGAUACCUCAACAGGUUAAGUGAUUACCUGUUCACGUUGGCAAGGUAUGCUGCUAUGAAAGAAGGGAAAAGGGAGCAAAUUUACAAGAGGCCAAAUAUGAACUAGAUUAAUGUUGUCCUAAUUCCACCUGAAAUGAAGAUGGGUGAUCCCUUUGUCAGCUGAUUUAUUAGACAUAUUACAGUUUAUAUUUUUAAAUCCUUGUAUUGGUAGCAAUGCUAUCUUCUUUGAAUUUCAAUUUCAGGCAAGAUUGUCUUCAUUUGUGGGAGAAAUGAGUUGGUUUGCUCUUUAAUUUUCCAUUGCAGGUGAUGGCAAAAAGUGAUUUUUUUUCUGUUUCAUAUUUUUCAUAGCUUAAUUACACUUUCAGACACUUGUGGCAUGGUGGUUAUAUCCCUGUCUCUGGGUCAGGAGGCUAGGGAAAAAGUCCUAUAUGCUUCAGAGGUGCGUUAUAACAUGUCUAAACAGAUCAAUUUAAAAAUACCUACAAAUACAGCUAUCUUUGGUCUGUACUUCUGGAUGGACAAAACAUUUUGAUGGAAAUCUAGGCACAGUACACUGUAUAUUCUGGGGAUUCUAAUGCUGACUUCAGAUUACCUUGGGUUCAUAGUUGCCUAGUAUGAUCAGGACAUUUCCCAUCUAUUAAUGAAAUGUAUUGACAGCUGCCUUCUUCUGAGAAGAACUGCAUUUGUCUUUUUCCCAAAAAUAUUAUUUUUCUGUGCCUAACCAGAAGUGCAAAGAAGGAACAAUGUAUACCUAUCAAACAAGUAGAGAAAAUGACCUACUUCCAGAAGUUUUGAGGCAGGACUAUUCUUCUCACCGUGUGGCAAAUUAAACGUUUGUUCUACUAACAUGUAUGAAAUGAGGUAUUAAAAUUAGGAAUUUUUUUUUGUUUUACAAUGCAUAGAAGCAUUGUGCAUAUUUUUUAUAAACAUCAAUUUGGCUUAAAAACAGAAAGGGCUAAGAAACCCAUUUGUACCUGAAAGAAAGCCAGAUGACAUCUGAGUUCUCUACUCAGCUGCUGUACAGUUUUUAUUUUUGCAGAUAUUCUAGAUACUGUUUCCGACUGUGUAAUCAGUGUUGUUAAGUGAUUAUUUUCAUCAAUUCAUUACAGAAAAUAAAGCCUUUUAGGAUGAAUUUAGUUAUUUGUGUUGAGCUGAGGGGGCUAAAAAUGCAUUAUAAAUAGUUAUUGAAGAAAUCAGUGAGUAUAUUAACCCUUAUUUUUAAUUUGAUGAAAAGGAGUACUGUGCAGUUUUACAGCAGCACUGGCUAAAUGCCAUUUGUUAGCCAAAAAAAAUUAGAUGGUGUAUAAUUUUACAACACAUUAAGAAAUUGUUAUUGCUUUCUUAACCCUUUCAAUGUCAUUCUCUACUAUAGCUGUCAUCUCCGAUUUUUCCUAGGUUGCAUAACAGAAGUAGGCUAUAUCCCCUUCCAAAUUGCUUUGCUGCUAACUUAAAUCAUGGCUGAUCUGCAGCCUACCCCUGUACAUCUGUCUUUGCCCCAUAUCCUCUCAUUUAUUUUUUAGAUAAUUUUAGUUCUAAAAGUAACUUGACCUAUGGGGAAAGUGUCCCAAAAUUCCACCACCCCCUAUGUUUAAGUGUUUCUUGAAAUGUUUAUGUUAAAGGAGAUAAUAUCUAAAUGUUAGAUGAAGCAUUGUUGCAUAGACUAGACUUUUACUUUGGUAUAUUGAUGAUUAAAUCUUAAUUAUAUUACCUCUUAUGAUGGAAGAUGAAUAAAGGGAUUAUUUUUAAAUCUCAAUAAGUGGUUAUAAUCAUUGAGACAGGCUAUUUAGCAGUAAUAUCAUGGAACUAUUCACACAAUGGAUGUUAAAAGUUCGGAACUUUCUCCUCCCAUGCACUCAUGCGGUUAUCGAACAUGAAUAGAGUUUUCUUAGGCCAGGAUCUUAAAGUAUAUUGAACCAAUGGAAGUCGAUAGAUUAAAGAUAAAUCAACCAUGAUUUGAUUAUAUGCUAGAACAGGCUCAGAGUUGAAUGGCUGCCUCCAGUUCCUGCAGAUAAAUAUGUAAUUCUUUAUUUAUAUGGAUAUAAAUACAGCAUAAUCACUCAAAAUCUGAUAUACUUCAACCAUUUUAGCCUCUACCCAUGUCCAAUC